UCGGCCGUCGUUGUUCAAAACCGUUCGAAACUUUUUCGGUCAAAUUCUCAGAUGGAGACGGAGCAGAGUAACGGAAUACUGCCACAGCUGCCGCCCGUCGAGGAGGCGCCGCCGCCAACAGAGCUCAGGGGCUCACAAGGCUCAGCCCUUCAAACUUUUCUGGCCCUGGUUUUGUGGCUUGGAGCUAUCCACUUCAACUUCGUUAUCGUCUUGGCUUCUUUUCUCUUCCUUUCCCUUCCCAUGUUCUUAUUGGUAUUGGGUUUGCUUAUGGUACUAAUGCUGAUUCCAAUAGACGAUAAAAGCAAAUGGGGCCGGAGACUAUCAAGGUAUGUUUGCAAGCAUGUUUGUGGCUACUUUCCAUUGAUUCUUCACGUCGAGGAUAUGAAAGCUUUCGAUCCGAACCAGGCCUAUGUUUUUGGUUAUGAGCCGCAUUCAGUCUUGCCUAUUGGUGUCGUUAUGCUUGCUGACCUCUCAGGUUUUAUGCCUCUUCCCAAAAUUAAGGUCCUCGCAAGUACUGCUGUGUUCCACACACCAUUCCUGAGGCAUAUGUGGACUUGGUUGGGGCUGUCCCCUGCAACAAGAAAAACUUUUGUCUCACUCUUGGCAGAUGGUUAUAGCUGCAUCUUGGUGCCCGGUGGAGUCCAAGAGAUAAUUCAUAUGCAACACGAUUCUGAGGUUGCGUUCCUCAAGUCAAGAAGAGGAUUCGUACGGAUAGCCAUAGAGACAGGCCGGCCCUUGGUUCCAGUGUUUUGUUUUGGUCAGUCAAACGUCUUUAAGUGGUGGAAGCCUGGAGGGAAACUAUAUGUGCAGUUAUCUAGGGCCCUUAAAUUCAGCCCAAUUGUCUUCUGGGGAAUAUUUGGGUCUCCUAUACCCUUUCAACAUCCAAUGCACGUGGUGGUCGGUCGACCAAUUGAAGUUCAGAAAAAUCCACAACCCACCAUGGGAGAGGUGAAUGAAGUGCACAGCCAGUUUGUCGAAGCGCUUCAAGACCUUUUCGAGACGCACAAAGCAAGGGUGGGCUAUGCUGAUCUUAAUUUGAGAGUUCUUUGAUCAAUGCUUUGAUUUCGCCGCCUCCUCCUUCUUCCCCGUGUCUUCUUUGUUGUCCAUGCCAUCUGUUGUAUCUUCUUUGUUGUCCAUUUGUUGUAUCAUCGACACAUUUCCCCGAUUUAUUUGCUUCAUCAUUUAGCUA